AUGGAUCCAGUAUUGGGAUUAAGUACAACAAGGCAAAGGGUUGUUGCCUUGGCUCUUCCUAAUUUACAACUUCAAGGCACCGUUUCCCCGUUUUUGGCCAAUUUGUCCUUUCUCAGUGUUCUCAAUCUUGGGAACAACAGCUUCCAUGGUGACAUCCCUUAUGUUCUUGGCCACUUGCCUCGCUUGCGGGUGAUCGAUAUUCGGAACAAUCAGCUCCAAGGAAGUAUCCCAACAAGUCUAUUUCAAAACCAAAGAGUUCAAAAAAUUUCAUUGCCUUUCAAUAAACUCAGUGGUGAAAUGUGGAAAGGGCCAUGGUAUGUACCAGAGCUAAGAGUCUUAAAUCUGGGGAACAACAACCUCACGGGUAUAAUCCCUCCUUCGGUUGGAAAUGCCACAAAAUUGAUGAACUUCAGUUUGUCUGCGAAUAGAAUCAACGGCAACAUUCCAAAGGAAAUCGGUAAUCUGAGCCAACUUGCAUUUUUGGUCUUGCGCGAUAAUCAGUUAACAGGUUCCAUUCCCACAUCGCUAUUUAAUAUCUCGUCUCUGGUUGCCGUAUCUCUGGCAUUCAAUAGCCUUUCUGGUCCUCUCUUGCUUGAUGAAGGGAAUAUUGUGUCAAAUCUAAAGCAUCUAAGUUUAUCUGACAACAAAAUUUCUGGUUGCAUUCCUUCUAACAUAUGCCAACUCACAGAGCUCCAAAUUUUGUCCAUACCUGUCAACAACAUAAUUGGAGAGAUACCCAGAAAUAUUGGUUGUCUAUCCAAACUCGAGGAGUUUUAUAUUGGUGAUAGUCCAAUAAAAGGAACUAUUCCCGCUUCAUUGGCCAAUAUUUCCACUCUGCAAUAUGUUUCCUGUACAAGAAAUCGCUUGGAGGGGCCAAUUCCUCCAGAAUUGGGGAAGCUAUCAAAUUUGAGGCAAUUAAGCUUUGGCCAUAAUUAUAAUCUUGCUGGUCAAAUUCCAGAGGCUAUUUUCAAUAUAUCUUCUUUGAGAAGGAUAGCUUUCAAUUUCAACAACCUUUCGGGGACAAUUCCAGCCACUACAGGUCUUCAUCUUCCAAACCUUGAACAACUUAUCUUGGCAGGAAAUCAGCUGGAAGGGGAAAUUCCAUUGUUCAUAACAAAUGCUUCCAAGCUUGUGAAAGAAUUGAACCUCAGACAGAGACGUUGGUUGAAGCUUUUAAAGGAUUAUGACAUGAUUCUGCACUAUCAUCCAAGAAAGGUAAAUGUGGUAGCCGAUGCCUUCAACAGGUUAUCUAUGGGCAGUCUUUUUUAUGUUGAGAAGGGAAAGAGGGAAAUGGUGAAGAAUAUUCGCCGACUUGCAAAUUUAGGAGUGCGACUUUUGGAUUUUGAAAAUGGAGGAGUAAUUAUGCAUGAGAUAGCUAAAUCUACCUUUUGUGCUGAAGUAAAGGAAAAGCAGGUUGGAGAUCCCAUCUUAAUGUAG